AUUCAGCGGUCACACUGUACUACACGUGCCCUAAACUCCGUCGAUUUUGAAUAACGAAAUAUUAAAGUUAACGAUGAGCAGUACACGCUUCUUCCUGGCAGAUCUGCCAACCAAAGCAACGGAAUCGGAUCUGCGCAACCUGUUCCAGGACUAUGGCCAUGUGGAGCAGGUGGACCUGAAGCGGAAAGAGCAGGAGGAUGGCCCGGACAAAAUAAUCGGAUUUGUUACACUCCAGACUGACGAUGCGCACUACUGUCUGAACGAGCUCAACUGGCAGAAGCUGCAUGGAGCCAAGCUGAGGAUAUCUGUGGCCAAGGAGUCCUUUCUUGAUCGACUGAAGCGUGAGCGCGAGGAGAACCAGCUGCGGGAGCAGGGCCAGCAGGAAAGCGAGAGUUACAACGAAAGUACCUCCCGCCUGCUGAAAGAGAAUACACAGAAUAAGCGCCGGGUGUUUGGCGAAGACGAGGAGAUCGACGAUGAUGAGAUCUCGCCCGAGCUGCUCAUCACAAAGAAGCGUGCCGCUCACUCCAUGCACAAUGGCAAAAUUGUCAUUCAGAAGGAAGACGAUGUGAAGCCGCUGCACAUCAUCGAACAGUACAAGAAGCCGACCAAGCAGCAGCCGGAUGCCAAGGUCAGCCAGGCCGAGCAGAAGCGCAAGGAAUCGCUCAACAAGAUGCGGCAGGAGCACCUGCAGAAGAAGUCCGCCAUACAGCAGGCUCUCUCCGCGAUCACCGUGGACGGCGGCAGCAGUGCGAAGAGAAUCAAAUUCAGCGAUGCCGAGGAGGAUGAGCCAGAGCCGGAGGAGCGGCCGAGAAAGCAACCCAAGUUAGAUCUCUUUGACGACGAUGAUGAUGAUGGUGAGGAUGAUGAUGAGCAGGUCAUUAUACCGCAGUACGAGGGCAAGAAGGGAGAACGUUUGGUCGAAAUGCAAAGCAAGCAAAGCUUGGAUCCACGUUUCCGCAUCACAGCUACCUUUGUGGACGAGGAAGAAGGCGAUUAUGAGCAGGAAGAACCACAACAGGCUGAGGAUAAGCCACAGGAGAGUGAACGCAACUGGCAAAUGGGCAUCCUAGAGCAAGUAGUGGGUCGAAAGCUGACCAACACCAGCGAGAACGAGCGUAAGGCAGCCAAAAGCAAGAAAAUGCUUCGCUUCGAUCCAGCCAACGAAGGGCACCAAAAGCUGGUGCGGCAAAAGGUGGCACCGGAGCAGGAGGUCACGACCAAGAAGACCAAGGAUGUGAAGACCAAAGAUAAGGGCGCUGUCGAGGCGACCGUCUCGAAGGAAGCCUUCUACGUGGUAACCGACAGCCUCACGCAAUCCCUUAACAUGCGUGGCGAAGGCUUCAGCCUUCUGGACAUGUUUGGCAGCGCACACGACGAGGAGGUGGCCAAGCGCCAGGGUCAGCUGGAGAAGCUGGGCAGCGAGAAGAUUCUGGUGAGCAAGCCCAAUGCCAACAAGCUGGGCCACCUGGCCACCCAAAAUCCCUUCAGCUACGACUCAUCCGAAAGUGAGGAUGAGGAGGCAACGCCCCAGGCAGCUGUCUCGAAGGAUGACCCAGCGAACGAGGAGAACACUGAGCCGCCCAAAAAGAAAUCCAAACAAAAGAAACCAAAAAUACAAAUGGAAUCUUUUUUCAUACCCAAGAACGAUCCCAGGCUGAAAGAAGGAGCCAAGUUCUUUAGGACGACCAAGGCAGAGGUGGAUCAUUCGGACUAUGACAAGGUGAAGAGUCGCCUCAAGCUGCUGAUUGGCAACAAGAUCGCGAAGACACGAAAAAACCUGCCCAGCAAGGACAUCAAGCAGCCAAAAAAUAAAAAUCCCAAAAUAGCCAUCAAGUAGAUUCAACUCCCAGCAUCUAUUCUAGUUAAUUAGUUAUAGGAGAAAUAAUAUAUGUAAGGCAUAAAUUGUAUUUUUUUUUCUUGAAAAA